AUGCCAUGGGAUGGUGGAAAGAAGCGAAUACGAGUGAAGUUGGUGCAAUGCAAAGCUGAUGUGGUGCGAGAGACGGCGAGGGCGGUCGGCUGGCGCGAGUGUGACCUGGGCGACGACAACUGGGAUGUGGCCUGGGCGGACACGACGGCUGCCUUGUUCCGAGCAGUUCAGCAAGUGAAACCUUUCCAGCGGGUGAACCACUUCCCGUUGAUGCAGAUCAUUUGCCGGAAGGAUCUCUUAGCACAGCAUUUGCAGACGAUCCGACAGCUCUGCCCCAGCGGGGCACAGGAGUUUAGCUUCUUCCCCGAGACGUGGGUCCUGCCUGGUGACUUGCAACGUUUCUGGACCUUUGUCCAGCAAAGCUUCGAGAAGGCGUCGCCGGCCAAGGAGUCCCGUGGCCGGGAGCGCUCCAAGUCCUUCGGACGGCGCUCGCAGCGGUCGCAAGGCAGAUCAGUCGACCCCCACACGUCCGAUGACGAAGAUCAGGAGCCGAUGACCUUCAUCGCCAAGCCUCGCUCCGCGGCGCGCGGCGAGGGGAUCUUCCUUUUCCAGGUGAGGGCCUCAGACCUGCGGGCUCCGCGCCAGCGGCUCCGGGAGGUCUUUGAUGCCGAGAAACUAGUAGUCCAGAGCUUCCUGGAGAAACCGCUGCUGAUUGACGGCUAUAAAUGGGACAUGCGUGUCUAUGUCUUAGUGACCUCGGCACAUCCCUUGACCGUCUACUUGUACACGGAUGGCUUGGCACGCUUCUGCACCGACCUCUACGCACCGCCCUCGAGCGAGAAUCUGGAGAUGCGGGAGAUGCAUUUGACGAACUUCUCCAUCAACUGGGAAUCUGAGUUCUUCGAAGACACGGAGGAUGGAGCCACUGGCAGCAAGCGCUCUUUGCGUACUGUACUGGAAUCCUCGAUCGAAAAUGGCGAGGAGAUUUGGUCGGCGAUCGCGUGCUGCGUGAAGAAGACGCUGCUGGCCAUUGGCCCAAAGAUGGAGGACCACUACGACCGCUUCUUUGGGCGGUCGCGCGACGGGGGCGGCAGCGCGUGUUUCGAGCUCUUGGGCUUCGACUUCAUCCUCGAUGAGCAGCAGAGGCUCUACUUGUUGGAGGUCAACUCGGCCCCUUCCUUGUCAUGCCCCACCAGCUUGGAUCGCGAGAUCAAGGAGAAUGUGCUCUCGGAGGGCUUUCGCUUGCUGCGCUUGGAUGGGUCUGAGAAGGUGAAGCACGCCGAGCGGCAGCAGCAGCGGCUGGUCGACCGGCACAAGGAACACUUGGCACGGCGUGAGGACCCGGCGAAUCGACGAGCCAACGAGUUGCAGGGAGCCCCCACCAGCCUCCAGAAAGGUCAUUUGGCGCAUUGCUCAGUUGAGAAGUUGGCCUUCCACCGUGGUGCAGGUCAGUUCUCAGUUCUGAGUCACCUCGAGACUCUCCAGAACUGCGGACCCAGUUUUGCAUGUCCUUGCUGCUCACGGGUCGGUUUUCGUUAUGAUCAAUUGGUCUCUCUGCAGCAGUUCGGUCGAGCUUCCAUGGUACCAAGCUUGCAGCAGCUUUGCCUCCACCGACUCGCUCGCCUCACGUGCCCCGUGGAAGACGUCACGUUUGCAGAGCUGGAGCGUUUGCCGGAGCGCUUGGCCUUGCAACUCCUUCUGCUGCUCCGACAGGGUCUGGCAGUCCACCGGGUGGGCCUGGCAGGCUGGGUGCAACAGAGGCCUCCACGGGAAUUGCAGCUGAGUGGGUCGCCUGGAAUUGAGACAGAGAGGUCCACCGGCCCUGGACGAGCAACUGGUCGAGAGGAUGGAUUACGUCGACUGGUGGAGCUGAAGGCCACUCGUUGCUUGGUCGAGGUGUGCUUGAGCCAGGUGAAUUGUACAGAUGAACUUCUGGGAGACUUGAUGUGCUCGUCGUCGACAUCCCUUCAGAUCUUACAGCUGCAGAAUUGUCCGCUUUUGACGGGCCAAUUUCUGGUGAGGUGUCGAGCUGAACGUUUGCAGCAACUCAGGUGUAGCAACUGUUUCAACUUCCAGGACCUCUUCCUUUGCGAGGCUUUGUCCAACUUAGAGCAUCUCCGUCACCUGAGCCUCGGUGGCUCCACGCGCCUCACGGACGCCCUGCUGGCCGGCCUCACGGGCGGCUUGGCGCCGAAUGUGCCACCGAGGGUGGCGGAAGAGCUGGAAGUGCUGGACCUCUCACAGACCCAAGUCUCUGAUUCUGGUGCUCUAACCUUGUCACGCCUCUCAGCAUUGGUGGUGCUGAUCCUCUCAAGGACGCAGGUCUCAUCCAGUUCUCUUCGACACUUGGCCACUGCUUUGAGACUUCGCCCCCUGCUGCCCGACCGCCCCAAGGCCUUGUUGCGGAACUGCUCCGUGGCGCAGCGGCUUCAAGGGCAUCACUUCUCCUGGGCCCAGGAAGCACCAGGAGCUCUGGAACCCACGGGCCACGGCUCGGAGUGGGAGACCUGGCCGGAGGAAGCUGUGCGGCAUGCGGCGGCCAUCGUCUUCACUGAGAAAGAGAUCGAAGAGAUCCUGGGACCUCUGGGUGGAUCUUCACCACCCAAUAGGGGCGGAGUUGAGGCGUAUGCUUUGCGUAUGCCUUGCGUAGAUGCUCGCGUAGGCUGCGGCUUGGUUUGGAAGGGGAGCUCCGUGGGCUUCUUGAGCUCCACCCACCGCUUCCCCAAGCUGCCCCCAGUGGGAGUGCCGGGCACCCUUACCGCGCCUGUGCCCGGCGCGGUGCCGGUGCCGGUGCCAGUGCCUGAGAAGCGGUCGGAGAAGCACUGGUCCACGCGGCUGGAGGAAAGUCCUCCAAAAGAGCUGGAGCAUCUGAAGGUGAAGAACGUCCCAGGCUUUGUGAGCUACUUGGAGGAUUCUGAGACCGACACCGACAGGAACAGCGAGGACGAGGAGGCCUUCGGCUCCCAGGCGGAGGAGGGCUCCGACCACGAGGCGGAGGCGUUUCGCUUCCUGGGCAUUCCGGUGAGUCCCAACUAUGUCCAGAUCUUGCCCAUCUCCGAGGAUGAAGGCAUUUGGCAGGAGAUUCAAGCUGGUGCUACCCGACUCGCCCAAGGCUGGACGGCUGCGCGCCCGCAGAGCCAGCCACCGAGACGGGUGAGCCAAAUGGCGACUUCAGGUGCUCCGCCCCAAACGCCGAGAAGCAGUAGCCGUCCUCGUUUGAAGACCAUGUUGCCGAAAAGUGUGCCACCAGCACGUGUGUCGGUGCGAUCGGUGCUCCCGCUGAAGACGGUCCACCUCGGGCUUUGA